AGUACGGCUGAUUUGCAACCCGCCGAAGCAACAGCGGCGAAGGAGGAAAAAUGUCGAUGUCCCCGACGCGGACCGUUCUAGGAUCAGUGUCCUUUUAGGAAAAAAAUCUGACGGCGAUUCGAAUGAAACUUCUUCUGUGCUGUUGUCUUGACUCAUUAUGAGCCUGUACAAAGAAAGUGAGCUGUUCUAACAGUGGCAGUGUGGGGCAUUUUACCUUCGCUGCAAAGAGGGGGAGUCAGCUUACGUUCUCCCUUUUGUCAGGUCAUCUCGAGGCAAAACCGUUUAAGAAAAGAGGAGUAUACAGUCACACUACAUGGGCCUCUGAGGUAACCUGAUCUGAUCAUUAAAGCCUCCUGAGCCUCCUCCCUCAGCUGGACAAGUAAAAGUUAAACUCAAGGUAUGGACCCAUCUACCAGGGUGGUGGGUCUGGAUGCCCAGGGGAACAUGGUUUUCACUGUGGUAAAACCUGUAAUGGGCAUCUUUCAGGUGUCUUCAGAUCAAACAGGAGGUGUGGCACAGGGCAGCAUGGGCCUUCAGUCUUUAUCUGAAAACACGCUGAUCCUCCCGCAAGCGCAAGGACACUCACAGCUGGACCACAACCAGGUGGAAAUGCAAACCAUACAGACUCAUAUGCACCCCAGAUUCACACCCAGAUGCAGGUAUCUGCCCCAGAACAGAUAGAGAAUGUGUCUCAGAAUCAGGACCCUCCAUCGAACUCGAGCACAACUACAGAGUCGGCUACUCAGAUGCCUUUUGCGGAGGUGUCGUCACUCCUGGAUCCGAACAUGAAAGGAUCGAAAGCAAGGAAGUACCUCAUCUCGUACGAUGAGAUCAAACGGCGGCUGCAGGCCCCGGAGAAGAUGUCCCUGCGCUCCCUGGCGGCCUACACUCGGGUCAGCAGAGGCCCGGCCAGCAAGAAAACUCUCCUGGAGUCGCUCAGCGUCCUCGGCCUGACACCGAGCACGACCACCUCUGUGUCCUCGUCUUUCUCCAAACUCACAGAAGGCGACACUGGAGCUCUGUGCGAUGAUCUGAAGGAUUUUGCUCAUGACUACAUUGACUAUGGCAACAUGUCAAAACAGCUCAUUCCCGAGAUAAAUACAGUUCAACACUGGUCUAAAAUUAUUGAAACUAAAAACCACCUGGAGGACAUGAGGAAAUGUUUCAGGGACCCCGUGAACAGCGGUGCGUUUGAUAACGUCACGCAUGGCCUCGGCCUGGGAAUGCUGGACGUGGCACUGGACAUGGUCGUCAUGGUGAUAGAUCAGCAGAUCCGGAUCCUGUCGGGCGCAGCAGCGUCAGACCCGGCCGACUCGGGUCCACCGAUGCGGCGUAUCCGCAGGCGACACCGCAAGACCCGUUUGAAUGACAGUGAGAAGCCUCACAAGGUGUCCGGAGGGGUCAAAGAACAGGGAAAGGUCAUCUCUAAAGGUAAAGCACGCCGAGUCAGGAAGAAGAUACGACAGGAAACUGGAUCUACUGGUGUCGUGGAAACACAUACAGAACAGUGUAAGCCGGACGACGUGGAGAGUAAUGUCCUCACUCUGGUUUCUGUUGGAUAUGAAGCCGUCUCCACUGGGCUCAACACAACUGGAACUGUUUGAAACACAUGAAUGGUCUAUGAACCAAACAUGGUCCUAUUUAAAGGGACACUCGGCGAUGGAUCAAGGACACAACUCAGCCGGUCAUAACUCUUUUUUAAAAAGAAUUGUAGGAGUCCAGGGUCAAUGUACUAUGUUACACAUUAGAGCUAAUCAUAGGAAGAGUUUGACUUUUUUCUAAAUACACUUCAGAGUUAGUGUAGGUAUGUUAGUUACAUUUCCUUCAAUCAAACAUUUUCACUGAUUAAUACACGUUCGUAAUGGCAGAAUAAAAACGAUGAGUUUCAGCACGAUGUGGUCAUCUCAAACAUUUAGUAUUUUUCAUCGUGUUGAAGUCUUAGCUCAUGCAAACACUGCAGUUAAAGCUCUACUGAGGAGUUUUUCAGAUUGUCAUGAAAUAGACUAAAAUGGAAACAGAUUCCUCUUCAGGACCUACACAAGCAAAAAAAAAAGGGAAGAAGAUUGACUGUUUACACAAAGUUAUUUGUAAAGUCUAAAACAGCUUCCAGUGGUUGAUGUCAGACGAGGUGAUUAUCGGCAUGCUGACCAAACAGCCGAUUUUAUCAAGAUUCUCGAUAAGUGAUUCAUUGUCCACAGGGGUCGCCAAAAUCCACACAACCCAAAAAGUUUCUCACAUGAGCUUAAAGUUUAACGAUUGUCAUCAACAUUUUGUUAGUUCCCUCCAAAGCAGCUUAGUUAGCAAACAAGUAGGAGACUCUAGAGACACAAGCCGCCACACAAAGCAGAGCUGCUGUCACCAUGUUCUAACUGAACGUGACGGGACGUAUGGAUGAUCCCAUGCUGUAAGGACACGGUGUAACCUAGACCAAGUUAGACAAAGGAAUGAAAGCUAAAGGUAGACAGAAAGGAAGGCCUUUGCUAACUUAAUGCUGUUCUAAGUUCAUUUUAUGACGCCAACAGCAGCAGGUAACGUACAUCAAGACACACACAAGUGCAGCUGUGUGUCUAGAUGUAGACUUGCCACACAGACAACCUGAAACACUCAGUAUUUGCAGAAUUCUAUAAUCUGUGAUCCAUGCCUUGUGAUGUGACAGGAUGUCUGGAUUUAAUCCUCAGAGUGUUUCAAAUGUUUUCUUCUGUCUUCUAGUGUAUGCUGAGUAAAGCAAGCUGCUGCAGUUUUUACUGUAUAGACAGAAGAGUGGUAUCUAUGCUCUCUGUGAGCCUGGCAAGAAGGCAAUCAAGAGUUUCUCACACAAUGUCUAACUCCCUUUUUUCUCUAGAAGCAGGUUUCAUGUUGAAUGUCGUCUUACUGGAUCAGUAUAUUUUUCUAUGCUGUUUUUAGCCAGCACACAAAUCCUCACUGUUGUCUGUAUGAAUUCAAACACUGAGAAAAUCUUUUCCUACACAGGCCAAUAAGGUAGAAUAGAUUAUAUCAGAGGUCUAGAUUCUAUUUUUGCUGGUGUUUUCUCGUUGUAUUUAUUCACAUAUAGAUUUCCAUUUCAACGUUGUUCCAUACUACAUUGUUGUCAGAAGUCUGUUUUUACUUGAACCUUGUGAGUUGAGUAAAGUAUAAAAAAGUAAUUUUCAAAAACU